CUUUGACUAACUAACCGUAGACUCGUAGGGUGAGUGAGAACCCAAACUCAAUUUGGGGUCAAACGCCAUUUGGAAGAGAGGUUUAACUUUGUUAGGGUUUAUCUGCUAAAUCUCAACAAAAAUGCAGAGAAGAUGUACGACGCCAUUGAUGCACUCACUUCGAAGCUUUAGCACCACCACUAGUAGUACUACCACUAAUAAGAUCGUCGCUUCUGUGCUCUUCGAAAGGCUUCCUGUUGUCAUCCCCAAAAUCGACCCUGUUAUUUACGCUUUUCAGGAAUUCUCGUUUCGAUGGAAGCAGCAAUAUCGACGGGUAUAUCCUGAUGAAUUCUACAAGAAAUACGAAGCUCGAGGAAAGGGUGAUUAUCAAAUUCACUACAAACCAGCUUCACGGAUCACUGAAGCUGACAAAGCAAAUGAUAAGAGGUCACUGCAAAGAGCUCUAGAUCGGAGGCUUUAUCUUCUCCUUCAUGGAACUUCGUAUGACUCUUCUGAUGGGAAGCCUGUUUGGCAUCUUCCAGAAAAGGUCUAUGAUAAUGAAGAGACGCUGCGGAAGUGUGCAGAGUCUGCUCUACAAUCUGUUCUCGGUGACCUUACACACACAUAUUUUGUCGGAAAUGCACCCAUGGGCCAUAUCGCUGUACAGGCAGCUGACAAAGCAGAUCCAUUGAAGCAGAAAUUCUUCUUCAAAUCACAAGUAAUUUCAGCGAACUUGAUUAACGUUAGUGGAUGUGAUGACUAUGUUUGGGUGACCAAGGAUGAACUAUUGGAGUAUUUCCCUGACCAAGCUGAGUACUUGAAGCAGAUGAUUAUUAGUUGAUUGGCAUAUGGUGGUAACCAAAGAUUAAAAGAGUAAUAUUGUAGACCUCCUUAGCCUUCAACUAGUGGAGUACAUGUAUUGUGAUCUGUGGAGUCAUCCAAAAUUCAUGCUAAAUUGUGACUUUGUGAGGUGAUAGAUGAUUAAGCUGUUUCGAGUUUUGUUUUGGUUUCCUGAGGAAGAUUAGGUUUUCCGUUCAUGGUAUCUCAGCAGCAUCCAAAGUGCAAUCUUUUGAAAAUAAACUAUGCUUCUAUUACAAGGCUAAUGAAAUUUUGUUUGUUAAUCUUGUAACUAUGACAGUUUAAUUUAUCAAUAUAUCCAAUGAUGUUUACUGAAUAGGAAGCACUAAAUUAUAAA